AUGGCCUGCGUACAAGAUAUUGAAGUAAUCCGAUACAGCGUAUCUGCCUUUUACUCAGAGCACUCCAAGGAUCUCAAAACAGCACAAUCACUUCAUGAAGCGGCAGUUAUCGGGCUAAAAGCAAUUGCGGAAGAUACUUGGCAUGAUCAAGAAACACGAACAAUAUGUGAUAAACAAGCAGAGUUCCAUGCCAGCCGGUAUCACCUUAUCCGAUCUAUACUAGACGACAAUAACUGUGAUCUUCCAUUGGUUCUACCGACAACAUUAAGUGCUGAGGAAUCGAUAAAUUCUACAUUAAAAAGUGAACGUCUAGCGAUUGGUCUCGAGGAGUCAUUAUUAUCAGAGUAUUUGGCUAAGAAAGAGGAGGAUCCAGAUCUUGCGGUGCCCGCUCAAAUAAAAAAUUUACUUGACUCUACCACUCUUUCGACAUACACUUUAACCCUGGAUUCAAGUCUUCUUCCAAAACAAUACACGAUCGCCGUCGAAAUGGAUUCCACAAAUUAUAGCUAUUGGCUCAAUGCCCACCCCAUAAAUCAGCCGGACCAAACGUGUUACCGCCUUAGAGCCAAUCGGUGGGGGAAAAUCCAAUUCGAUAAUGUUGCAUUUUAUCGCGCUACGGAGUUCGUAAUGCCGUGUAUUGACAUCAAAAUUACACCUGUAUCGUCUACGGGAGACAGAAAACUAUCUGCGAUGAAAAACCGAACAAUAGAGUAUACGACAUCAAACAAUUCGAAGCCUACUAUCGAAACUCCCGAGAUCAUGGAAAAGCGCACAUGGGGUUCACAGAAGUUUACCUAUGCUGGAAGAUCAUUUGUGUGGAUUACGCCGGAAGGGAAAGGAGCUAUGCAACUUCCUACACUCUAUGAGGUGGAGAAUGGUGUACAUGUGGGACUUGGCGUUAAAGAAUCUGGGUACAAAGUUGUGGGGAACGAAUUGUGCUGGGGAUAUUUCAAACCCGGGGCAGGCGCCUCAGCAACUGUGACAAUUCUGGGUGCGGUUGAUCAGCUAUUUGAGGAGCUACUUCUAGCCAGUCAGAUGACGAAGAUGGCGAUUUUCUUCUUCGGUCAUGAUAUUUAA